AUGGCUUCAAAGCCAGGUACGCGUAUCCUACGCGGAAUAACAUCCAAAAAGAAGGUUGACACAGAGCAAGCUGCUGCUCUUCAGCAAGUAGGCCAAAAUGCCUACAAAGUUGGUGAUUUCCAAGGCGCCAUUGAGUCCUUCACCCAGGCACGCCCUACCUUUGAGGAUACUAGCGUACUGGACAAUCGUGCCGCCACAUACUCCAAGAUGAAACUGUACAGCCAGGCCCGCGCUGAUGCCAAAGCUAUGGUCAAGCUUGCACCCAACGACGACCGUGGAUACAUGCGCUUGGCCAAGGUCCUUUGUCUGGAUGGGACUUUUGACAAGGCCCGAGACAUCUACGAAUAUGCCCUCCAGAAACUACCAGCCGAUCACCCGGGCCGUAAGGCCCUCGCGCAGUUGCUCAAGAAACUUCAGGAUAAGCUGGCAGGAGGAAACAGGCGUGAUCCAUUCACGGUACUUCCACUGGAGAUCGCAGAACUCACGCUUCAGCGCUUCUCGUUCAAGCAGAUUGUGGCAAUCCUACGCGUCUGCAAAGGAUGGAGCCGAUUCCUAGGCGGUCUAACCAGCCUCUGGAUGAAUGUCGACCUCACCGGAGCUAGAUCUCGUGUACCUUGGACAUCUGUUCGAAAUUACAUCCAUCGAUCACGAGCGCAACUGACCAAUGCCACCAUUGCGAAUCUCGUUCAAGCUACUACGCCUAAGGUGCUUGACAUGCUGAGCAGAUGCCCCAAACUAGAGCAUCUGGAAUUGAUGGUUCCCCAUGACCAGCCCCAGGAAUUCUACUUGAAGAUCAAAGUUUUCCGACAACUGAAGAGUAUCGUCUGUGGACCAGACAUCGACCUUUCGCAUGCCUGUGUUGGAAGUAUUUUAUCCACGCUCCCCAAACUUGAGAAAGCUGUUUUUCUCCGUAUUUGGAAAAAUUCCAGAGGGCCCGUACUCACAUCAACAUGGCCUCAACAUCUUCCGAAUAUGAAGAGUCUAACUCUUGCGUUUUCACAAAAUACGCGUCCCAUCUCGAACGCCAUGGAUGUACUUCCGUGGUUGGGAUCGUCUGUGUAUCCCAAUCUAGAGGAGUUGCGGCUGAUCUGGGAUCCUGCGCAACCACGAUCAUACCAAUUUGAUCCGGUGGGGGAGGAGGAACAUCUUCCUCCACUUCGUAUACUAGAACUUUGGGGCGCGGCUGUCAAACUCACUUUUUAUUCAAUCCUUCCCACCAGCCUUGAGACUCUACGCAUGUUUUCAGGGUCUAUUGAUACUCCUAAUUCUGCGAAUUUGUUCAUACCGCGAAAUAACGAGCUCCCAAACCUGAAGACCCUGGAACUCAAUGACACCCCAUGGGCCAAUAACGCCACGCUCUCCCUGUUCAUACUUCAUUCCAAGGCUCCCCUCCGAACCCUUCGUGUGAAUCUUUGCCACAAAAUCAAAAGCGAAGACUUCCUUAAUAUUAUUAACGAUCCCGACGGGAUAAAUCCAGAAUUGAAAGAAUUAACCGAACUCGGGGUCGUUGGCAUGGCUGGCAUGGACGAUUGGAGUGUCAGAAACCUGUGGGCAGUAUUGCCAAACCUGAAAAUCCUUGACUUGUCACAGACAAGAAUCACCGGCUGUACCAUUCGCAUGUUCGCAGAUGCCCGGAACGAAGAAUCAGCCACUGUAAAGCUCGAUGGCUUGAUUCUAAAAGGAUGCGACGAUGUAUCUCGUGACGCCAUUGACUAUGGACGGCAAAUGGGGCUCAAGAUUGUCACUUAG